AUGAUCAACUGUUUCCAGUUGCAGACACUCGCGCACAUCCUUCGACGUCCAUGCUGUAGUGCCCGGCGAUACGCGUCUUCGCCCUCUUCGGAGCCAUCAGGUUCUCGAGCACAGGGAUCACAACAGACAGACGAGGACGCGCUAAGAGAGGCAUUGUUUCGCAAGAGAAAGACAGACUGGAAACGGAGACAAGGUGGACAAACUUUUCUUGACCAUCUAGUUAUCAAUAUCCGUGCUGGCAGAGGAGGGGACGGAUGCGUUGCUUUUCAUAGGGAGAAGUUUGUGCCAUAUGGACCUCCGUCUGGUGGAAACGGUGGUCGCGGAGGAGAUGUCUACAUUCUUCCAACACCUCAUCUAACCUCACUGUCCACUGUUCCCAGAAAAAUUCGCGGUGAACCCGGCGCAAACGGAAUGGGCACAUGGCAGAACGGCAGAAACGGCGCGCCAUUAGUUAUCAGGGUUCCGCUAGGGACAGUUGUGCGUGAGCUUACGGGCGACGACCCACUGCGUCAGAAAAAUGAGUGGGAAUCGGAGCAGGAGAGCUACGAGGGCUUGGAAAAGGAGGAUCGGAAGCAGAAGUGGCGAGAGCGUCGGUGGGUGCAUUAUCCGGAAUACGAGGACGACAACGUAGAGCGUUCGGCGUUCAAAGAAGCCGAGUGGAAUCUCGUCAAGGCCGAGCGGGAAAUGCGGAUCGCGCGAAAACAGCGCGCCGCUCAGCCCAUCUCGCUGGAUCUUGAUACGAUGCAGAACGCGGAACAACCAGUGGAGGCGCCUCUUGGUCAGGGCAAACAUGAGCACUUGGGGCAUCUGGUGGCCACAGGCGGGCCGGGCGGGUACGGCAACCCUCAUUUUCUCUCAACGACAAAUCGUUCACCCAAGUUCGCGACGCGCGGGUAUGACGGCGAGCGCGUGACGCUUGCCCUGGAGCUGAAAAUUUUGGCCGACAUUGGAUUCGUAGGCAUGCCGAAUGCGGGGAAAAGUACGCUUUUGCGGGCUCUCACGAGAGGACGGGCGAAGAGCGAAGUCGCGAGCUACGCAUUUACCACGCUGAAUCCAGUCGUGGGAGUGGUCCGCGUUGCAGGGGAUGGGACGCUCCUCGGCAAUGACCAGGAGAUGGUCCAUGAUGAGACGUGGAUAGAAGAAGAACGAGAAAAGGAACUGAUGGAGAGCGGCGCUUAUGCGGAAGCACGGACACGAAACCAAUUGAAGCUGGACAAAGAGGAAGCUGAGGGAUUUGUGCCUGGGGCGGUGGAGAGUUUCCGCUUUACUAUCGCGGAUAAUCCUGGACUGAUCUCGCAGGCGUCCGAGAACGUUGGGCUUGGACACUCGUUCCUGCGAUCUAUGGAGCGUUCGCUGGCCCUGGUUUACGUUGUCGACUUCUCGGACCCAGCCCCGUGGGACGAAAUUCGGGUCUUGCGCGAAGAGCUGGAGAAGUACAAGCCGGGCAUGAGCAACAAGGCGCGGAUGGUCAUCGCUAACAAGGCAGAUUUAUUCGGAGCGUCAGGGGAUGCAGCAGAGGUAGAAGCUGCGAGACAGAAGCUCAGUCAGUUAGAAGAUUUCGUCAAGCGGGAGCUGAGCGUCGACGGACGGACGUUGGAUGUGGUGCCGGUAUCCGGCAAAUACAGUCAAAACUUAGGAAAGAUCGCGCACCUAAUGCAACGCUAUGUUGAGGCCGCCAGGAUAUCUCCUCCAUGA